AUGGGACCAGAAGAUAAAUUUGGCGUACUUCAGGAGAAUCUCGAAGAUAUUGCUCGAUGGGAAGUGAAGACUAAUGGAAAAGCAAUUCAUGAAGCCCGAAUGGACAUUGAGUCAUCCGCGGACACCUUUGACUUCUACGGAGGUGUCGCUGCCGCGGUACUUCAAGCCGCUCCGGUGACGUCCUAUCCAUUCCAAACCUGUGUGUGGAAGGUUGCACCUGCUCUCGCCGCUGGCAAUGCGGUCAUAUAUAAACCGUCACCAUUCGCUCCAGCUUCGCCUGUGCUCCUUGGAGAGAUUCUUACCGCCGCAGGAGUACCCAAGGGAGUUUACGGAGUCGUACAGGGAGAAGCAGAAACGGGUAACUUCCUCUGCAUUCAUCCUUUGGUCAGAAAACUCUCUUUCACCGGUUCCGUCGCCGGCGGUAUGGCGCUGCAACGACAAGCAGCAACUGAAAACGUCAAGCCGGUCACAUUGGAACUCGGAGGAAAAUCAGAGCUGAUCAUAUUUGACGACUCCGAAGUAAAAAGCGCAGUCGCGGCGGCAAUGCUUGCAAAUUUCCUCAAUCAAGGUCAAGUCUGCACAAACGCCACACGAGUUUAUGUCCAACGAGGCAUCCUGGAAGAGUUUACUGCAGAGCUUCUCAAGGAAUGCGACGAGAAGCUAAAGAUUGGUGAUCCGCUUCUUGACGAUACAAGGGUUGGAGCAAACAUUAACGAAGCUCACUUGAACAAGAUUCUCGGAUUUAUCGAAAGUGCCAAGAAAGACGGUGGCCAGAUACUUCGUGGAGGCCGUCGGGUGCAUCCGAAAGGCGUCGAAGACGGUUUCUACUUUGAUCCAGCCGUGAUUAUUGGACUGACGGAUGACGCACAUGCGGUUCGAGAAGAAAUUUUCGGUGCUUGUUGUUUGAUUCUGCCAUUUGAUACCGAAGAAGAAGUGGUGAGAAGGGCAAAUGACACGAUGUACGGAUUGGCCGCUGGAGUUUUCUCAGGAUUUCAGAAAUUUGGCUCGCUGCCAUCGAAUCGCCACUCGAUUGCAUGCCGGAACCGUGUUUAUCAACACGUACAACGAUACGGAGGUAUGUAG